ACAGAGCGGACGGGUGACAGUUAACAGGUUAAAUGACAGUUCACACAUCAUUCAAAACCCCUUUCAAGUAAUUUAUCACUUACAAUUGUUGACAUGGAUGUUUAUGAUAUAAUGGAUUUCACCCCUCUUUCAUGGUGGCAGUACAGAAAGGUUUCACCAGGUAAACGUACUUCUGAUGUUACUCAUUUAAACACAAAGCUAGUGUACAGAGAGAUGAAGUCACAGCAAGAAUCUCACAUUAGGUUGUUUGUAGUUAUUUUUAUGUGGUUUAAUGAGAGAAAAGUGUAGUUUGUUGAAAUAUAGUCAUAUAUUUCUAAUAAUGAUCAGCAUCUGUUUGGUUUGUAGCUUAGUGGACAUUUUUGUGAAGCAUGGAGCUGAUAUUAACAAGAAAGACAGCACUGGAAAAGACAGUUUAAUGCUGGCCUGUUUUGCUGGUCACCUUUACACCGGUACACGCAGCUCCACAUUGCAAUCUAAAGAUACAGACACCUGCAUGCCGCUCCACUGGGCCAUGGAUGGAGGACACCUGUCUGUCAUUACAUAUAUGAUCCAGGAUAGUUGUGAGGUGGAUGUUUUGGAUAAAGUGUCUCUCUGGACUCCUCUUAUGCGUGUGUCAGCCAUCAUUGGAAAGGCUGCGGUCACCUCCAUCCUCCUCCAGGCUGAAGCUGAUGUAAAAGUCCGUGACAAAGCUGGCAAGACACCACUAAUUGUAUUUAUCAUCAAAACAGCCAUGAGAAUUGCUGAGGACAAGAUGGAUGACAUUAGUCGAUUUUUUUUUUUUUUGGUAAUAAUUUUGUGGAACUGGUGAAACUUCUGCUUGACAGUGGGGCAGAUCACCACAUGAAGGUAACAGAUUAUGAUCAUUAUUAUAUUCAUAAUACAUACCUGAUUAAACAAUAAGAGUAGAGCAAUAAAACAUUUUGUCGCAGGAAAAUUGAUAACACUAAAAUUAUAUGUACACUCUAAAGUAGUAUGGAGCAGGUGCAGUAGAUAUGGCAAAAGCAUUUGGAAGACAGGUUACCUGACAAACUACACAUUAAUGAAUUAAUAUUAUUUUAUAGCUUCGAACAAAAAAAUAAUUUCUGUUUCAGAACACCA